AUGACUACUGAGGAUAGCGCUGCCCCUCAACUUCAUAAAUGUGGCCCACAACCUGAGAAUACGGGUCCGUUUAGGACAACAUUGAUGUUCGGUAUUACUGAAGGCGUCGGAUCCUUAAAUAUAUGUUUGGAUGUGUUAAAAGCUUUGAAUGUCAGCUUGUCUAGGAUCGAGAGUCGGCCAAGUAAAAGUCCUGGGUGGGACUAUGAGUUCUUUGUCGAUUUCGACGCUGAGGAUUCUGAACAGCUCUCUCAUAUCAUGAAAGAACUUGGGAAAGUUGCUAAACAAGUUAAAGCUGUUAGCAAAAAGAACACGGUGGCUACUGAAGAGCAAAUUCCAUGGUUUCCUCGUAAAAAGACUGAUCUCGAUACUUUUGCCGAUAAAGUUCUCGAAAUGGGCGAAGAGCUUCAAUCAGACCAUCCUGGAGCAAAUGAUUCGGUCUAUCGUGCUCGACGAAAAGAAAUAACUGAAAUAGCUAAAACCUACCGCAGCGGCCAGCCGAUUCCUGAAAUCGCUUAUACUGAAGUUGAAAUCAAAACAUGGGCCGCCGUGUUUGAAAACCUCGUUAGGUUGUUUCCAACUCAUGCCUGCAGAGAACAUCAGUACAUAUUCCCGUUGUUAGUUGAGAAUUGUGGCUAUAAUGCGAACAAUAUACCGCAAUUGGAAACCGUGUCAAGGUUUCUAAAAGAUUGUACCGGUUUUACUCUCCGCCCAGUGAUGGGUUUACUCACCUCGAGAGAUUUCUUAAACGGAUUGGCAUUUCGAGUUUUUCAUUCUACACAAUAUAUAAGACAUCAUUCUAAGCCUUUGUAUACACCCGAACCAGAUGUUUGUCAUGAGCUCCUUGGGCAUGUUCCCUUGUUUUGUGACCCAGAUUUUGCUGAUUUUUCUCAGGAAAUUGGUUUAGCAUCCUUAGGGGCAAGUGAUAGCGAUAUCGAGAAGCUUGCGACAAUUUAUUGGUUCACAGUAGAAUUCGGUCUCUGCCAACAGGGAAAUGAAAUCAGGGCGUAUGGAGCAGGGUUGUUAUCGUCGUUUGGAGAACUCGAGUACGCUUUGACAUCCGAACCUGAAAAACGCGUAUUCGAUCCAAACGCAGCCGCACUUCAAAAAUACCCUAUAACGCAGUACCAGCCCAUCUAUUACGUUGCCGAAUCUUUCAAGGAUGCUCAAGCUAAAGUGCGUGAAUUUGCCAAAACUCUAAAUCGGCCAUUCUCUGUAAAAUAUAAUCCUUAUACAGAGAGUAUUGAGGUGUUGGACAAUAAAGAGAAAAUCGUGAGAUACGUUCAGAAUAUUAAAAGCGAUUUGACUAAUUUUGUUGAUGCUCUUGAGAAGUUGAGGUAA